UUUUUGCAACAUAAAAUACGAGUAUGACAGAGAGUUUGUAAACAGACCUUUGCGGUGUCAGCAUUGCUCGAAGCUCUUCAUUGCCUAUGACAUAACUGCACAAGGGGCAGCACCGGAAGUUCCCGGACCCCGUGCUGACGUGUACAAGGAAGCUGCUGGAAAUACGCCAAAUGGUAACCAUGUGAAUCUUGAUGAUGAUAGUAAGUUUGUAAACUGCCCGGAUUUAGAAUUCAGUAAUUUUGACAAAGAUAAAGAGGAAGAUUGUUUCGCAGUUGACCAAAUCUGGGCAUGUUAUGAUUCUGUCGACGGGAUGCCAAGGUUCUAUGCAAAAAUUAGGAAAGUUUUUACACGCAAUUUUAAGUUGAAGAUCACAUGGUUAGAGGCUGACCCAGAUGAUGAAUCCGAAAUAAAAUGGGCAGAAGAAGGGUUACCCGUUGGAUGUGGGAAAUUUGUGGGUGGUAAAUCAGAGGAAACAAAAGAUCGCCUCAUCUUCUCUCAUCGGAUAGUUUCUAAAAAUAGUUCGAGGAGAAAUUCUUUUGUUAUUUAUCCUCAAAAAGGUGAAAUAUGGGCUUUAUUCAAGGAUUGGGAUAUCAAAUGGGGUUCAGACCCAGAAAACCAUACUAAAUUCAAAUUUGAUAUUGUGGAAAUUCUUGAUGUGCAUGCUAUUGGCAGUGUAUCUGUUGCUUUAUUGGUCAAAGUCAAAGGGUUUGUAAGUCUUUUUAAGAAAACAGCUUGGGGAGGGUUAAAUGACCGAAAAAUCCCUGGGAAUGAACAUUUAAGAUUCUCCCAUCGAAUCCCAUCAACAAAACUGACUGGUUCAGAAAGAGCUGGAGUGCCACCUGGAUCUUUUGAGCUUGAUACAGCUUCUUUAUCAGAUGAUCUUCAAGACUAUUAUUAUUCCAUCAAUCCUGAAGUGCUUAAAGGAUUGCCCUUGAAUGAAGGUCAAUGUAACUAAUUUCAGGCACUUGAAAAAAUUAGUGAAUAUUGUAGGCUUUAUAUGCAAAUUAAAAAGCCUCUCCAUUUUGUGCCAUUUUUUAUAGGUGAUCUUAUUUUCAUGUAAUUUAUUUUAACUUGUGUUUAGUUUUAUUGGUACCCAAGAAUUAUUAAAGGGUAGGUUGUAGUAAGCAGCAAAAAAAACUUCCGGGAUAUUUUUUUUGUUGUAUUUGUGGGGCAGAUUUUAUUAGAUUUGUCUGGAAAAUUGUCCUUUUGGUGUUCAAAAGUUCGAGAAGAAUCAUAUAUUUGAGUAUUUGACCAUUACUUUUUAGUGUUGUCUCUUUUUUUAUUGCGAAGAAUAUGAGGGCAUUUUAGCAUUUAUGUCUUUUCAAUAUUCAAGAG